AUGGCAAUUCAAGUUUCUGCAACCAGGAUGCUUACCGCAGGGCUUGCCUUCUGCUUCAUGUUUGUGCUGUUCAAUGCUUCUUCUUCAUGUGGUGUUCGUUUGUUGAACGCUGACACAGACAUACCAACACAACAACACCGCAAGCUCAGAAGACAACUUGUUGAAAAUGGUCUUGGUCGGACUCCUCCCAUGGGAUGGAAUAGUUGGAAUCAUUUCCAAUGUGACAUUAACGAGGAGAUGAUUCGAGAAACAGCUGAUGCCAUGGUAUCAACGGGCCUUGCUGCCUUAGGGUACGAAUAUAUCAAUUUGGAUGAUUGCUGGGCAGAACUUGAUCGAGAUUCAGAGGGAAAUAUGGUUCCAAAAGCAUCAAAAUUCCCAUCAGGAAUUAAGGCUCUAGCUGAUUAUGUUCACAGCAAAGGAUUGAAGCUGGGAAUUUAUUCUGAUGCUGGAAAUCAAACGUGCAGUAAGCAAAUGCCUGGAUCUCUAGGACAUGAAGAGCAAGAUGCAAAAACAUUUGCUUCCUGGGGCGUUGACUUCUUGAAGUAUGAUAAUUGUGAGAAUCUUAAUAUAAGCCCAAAAGAGAGGUACCCUAAAAUGUCUGACGCUUUAUUAAACUCUGGAAGGCCCAUCUUCUUCUCCAUGUGUGAAUGGGGCCAAGAGGACCCAGAACUUUGGGCCAAAAAUGUGGGGAAUAGUUGGAGAACAACGGGAGAUAUUGAAGACAAAUGGGAAAGUAUGACAAGUAUUGCAGAUGCAAAUGACAGAUGGGCAUCUUAUGCUGGACCAGGGGGAUGGAAUGAUCCAGAUAUGUUGGAAGUUGGAAAUGGAGGAAUGACCACUGAAGAAUAUCGUUCCCAUUACAACAUUUGGGCCUUGGCUAAGGCUCCUUUGUUGAUUGGUUGUGAUGUUCGAGCAAUGGAUAACACGACAUUCCAACUGCUAACCAACAAGGAAGUUAUUGCUGUCAACCAAGACAGCUUAGGAGUCCAAGGAAAGAAGGUGAAAAGUGAAGGUGGUUUGGAAGUAUGGGCUGGUCCUCUCAGUGAUAACAGAAUAGCAGUGGUUCUAUGGAACAGAAGUUCAUCAAAAGCAACUGUUACUGCAUCCUGGUCUGAUAUCGGCUUGCAAUCUGAGAAACCUGUAGAUGCACGAGAUCUUUGGGAGCAUUCAACACAAACAUCAAUUUCGGAAAAAAUUUCUGCGGAAUUGGAUUCACAUGCUUCCAAGAUGUAUGUUCUCACUCCCAAUUAACCAGAAAGCUCCAAAUUUUCAAAGAAGAAGAAGGUGGGUCACAAGUUGGCUAUACCAUUACUCAAGGAUUCAAGCAGAAGAAAAUAAACAUGGAUUUUAUAUUUUUUUACAAUAAAGAACAUUUAUAGGCAUGAUUGAAUAUAAUAAGUCGGAUUAAUUAUCACAAGAUUUCUGAUAUUA